AGUGUCAGUUAUGUCAGAGUGCCGUUACCUCCUGCUCAAAAUGUGGUGAAGUUUUCGUGUUGUGAAGAGUGGUUUGAGCGUUACUUGGCUCUAGAACUUCGAAAUUCUACUUGUGAAAGGAAUUGCGUUGGCUUUCAUCUCGUUGAUGGUGGGCAGAAAGGUCUGAGGUGUUGUGCUGGGGGGUUGUGUCUCUCAGGUGCUGCUGGAGGUCGUGGGUUGUGUGUGUGCUGGAGGGUGAAGCCCUUUAUCCCACCAGUAAAAAAAUAUAAGAAAUAUGCAGAUGUCUAAAAUUAUCCGUUUUUCCUGCAGCAUUAAUUUGAGCACGGUGUUAAGUGAUGCCGAGCGUGUGCUCUGAAGCGGAGCCUGAACAUGUGUUCAAACGGGUGUUUUGGUUCACACUACAAGGACCUGAACCUCUGUUGACGUGGUGGGUUUUACACCUCGGAGUAUGAGAACGUGUAAACAAAUCCACAAGGGCCGUGACGAGGAUUCGAACCUGCGUCUGGGAGCAUCCCAGACACUGCCUUAAUCGACUCAGCUACGACAGGGUAAAAGAGUUGAAACCGAAGUUCUACUGAACUUACUGGAUCCUUGUGGAUUUGUUCCUUUGAUGCAUCACGUUUGUUUGAUCUCUGUGUGUGAGAAGAUGUGACUUCAAGCCCGGUAUAUCAGGAUAUGGCACGUGUAUGUGGGUAUAUUAAAACAAGUGCCCGCAUGUUCACAUUAUUUAAUUUAAGUAAAAUGCAUCGGUACAUCGACAGUCGACUAAUUAUACGAAUAUGCCAAUAAGCGCUAUUUGUUCGUCAGUUUAACUCGCGAACUAUGCAACAACCGUUCCACGAACAUCAAACAACAGUCAGGUGAACUUAUCGAAUUGUAUUGUGAACAUGGGUUCGGAGUCUCAAGGGUCAACAUUCUGGACAAACUUCUACACGAUACGUAAGAAGAAUACCACAAGAGAGUCACUGUGGAGUAGGUUCCACUCUCCUUAUGACCCAAUACAGCGGGUUGAAAGUCCAGUAUCAUCAAGAUUUUCUGGCCACCGUAAGGCAGCAGAACUCGGAGAUCCUGUGUCGCCCCAGUCUGGAAGAUCUCGAUCCCUUUGGUCACCCAAAACAUGGUAUCCCGUCCAAAGAGUGUCCAGAUCCGCUCUACCUUCUCCUCGAGGGACCUCUGCUGGUUCCUUGAAGGAGGAGAGGCCAGCGGAAAUUAAGCUACGAACGUCUCGGUCGGCAGAGAUUCUCGUCGACCUUUGCAAUGGGGAAGAAAAUGGUUGCUGUCGCUCCGGAAAGAGACCUCCAGAGACUAGCAAGUCCACGGAUGAAUUAGUCAAGGUCAGAAACCGGUGGCUGGAGAAGUUGGAUCAGUAUAAAGUCAGUUUUAGUUCAUCGAGGUCAGAUGAUUCUUUAAACUUAAAACUUACCAAAGAAAACUGGAUGCGAUCUUGUGAUCAAUGUGGCGUAAUGGCUAUCAAAAGUCAGCCGAAUUUAUUUUCUAGUCUUCGUAGAAUGCGGAAGAUUAUCCGCGAAAACCCAACACCAAACCCGAAGAAGGAGAACUUCUACAUCUCUACAGAUCAUAGCCCAAGACAUGAGAUAGUAAUUAAUAAAUCGCCAAAGCCUGAUCAGAAAUGCAAGGAUACUAGCACAAAGUUAGACAGAGAAAAAUCUGCAGAUGACGGACAUAGACGGUGUUACAGGAAUGAGAGUGGGGAAGACGGUAAGGUUCUUCUAGUGAGUGCUACGCCCGACCACCCUGCUCUCACUGUUCGACCUGGAUAUCACCUCGCUCGAUCUCGCAGCUGUCCGAGGUCCUCCAGUCACAGUGUGUCUACUUGCAAGGAGCCCAGUUCUCCCGACUCGAACUCGAGCAUUAGAUCUUCAGGUUGUAGCUUGGGAACGUCGGAGAGGACGCAUGAGGACAGGACACAACGAUCAAGGUCCUCCAAGAGAUCAACAACUUCGGAGAGCGUCGUGAAGGACAAAGAAAGUCUCGUCCUCGAACACACUCCUCGUAUCCCCGCGCUAAAAAUUAAUAAGUACAACUUAAAGACUUGUUUUGCGAGAGUCGAUCAACGAAAGACCCUUUCUCUUUGUAACCAUCUUCCCGCGAGGAAUCUUGAGCAGGUCUUUGCUCAGGAGGCUGAAAGAGCACUAAACGAUAAUGAGAUGUUUGCCCUAUCGACACGCAAAGAUCCAUUUGAGAGCCUGAACAAGACUUUGAGUCCUAGGCAACGUAUAUUAAGGUCUACCUUGAAGCACCGGCUGAGAAGUGAAGAGAAACUCGCACUCGGCCACAAGUCUUGUCUCCCACAAGGUCAGCCUCCAGGAAGAGUGUUCGGAAACAAGACCGUCCUCAGCCCACGAGCCUCGAUGGUCUUGGGCGAGGACGACUCUGGCCUCUGCAGCGGCGUCAUCUUCGACGGGAGCACCAGCGCCCGCACGGGGCUCUUCCCGGCCUCUCUGGUGGCGCGACGCGACACUAACGAUCUUCCUCUUCUCCAACUCAUCAUUCUGCUGAAGCUGCCCGGCAAAUUAAUCAGAACACGACUAAUCAGACCCCCAAUUAAAACUCGAACAGAUUCUGAAAAGCAAUCAGAAUCCAAUGAAAUCUGUAGGGGCCAAUCACGUCUAAAUUAG